AUGGCCGUGGGCUUCGGGCCUCGCUGGCCCCGCAGCCUGCUCCGCUUCCCCGGGGAAAGUUCGAACGCACAAGCGGCAAAGCGCCUCUGCUUUCAAAGUUCCCCUCAGAGUCACCUCUGGAGGUGUGACAUGAAGGUUGCUGCAGAUGGUGCUGCUACACAGAGGGGCUGUCGGGGCGCUCAGCGUGGGGCCGAGAGCGGUGGCAGGGGCAGGCAGGAGCUCCCCAAGCGCCCUGGGGCAGGGCCCCUCCGUGCCGCAGCCAGCGGGGCCCAGGCUGGGCCGUGGGCACCUGCUGCUGGGACACCCGUGCCUGCAAGGCCAGCCCUCAGGGACGCUUGCCCCGGCCCUGCAGAGGUGAGCUGCUCAUUCCCGCUGUCGUUUGCUCUCUCCCCUCCAGCAUGCAUGCUGUGUGGCCGGGCAGAGGCUGACCCGCACAUCUGCGGGAAGAAACUGCAGAAGCAAGGGAUCUGCGCCCACCUCUUUUGCCUGUUUUUUACCAAGAAGCUUUUUAAUCAAGAGAGUAUGGAUGGGGUAAGCCUGAAGGAUAUCCGACGCACAAUCAAGCAGGCAUCACAGAGGCGCUGCUUCGUCUGUGGCGAGAGCGGGGCCGCCAUCACCUGCUGCCAGGAGGGCUGCGACCGCAGCUUCCACCUCCCCUGCGCCGUGGAGGGGGAAUGCGUCACGCAGUACUUUGGGCUUUACAGGUCCUUCUGCUGGCAGCACCGCCCAGAGCAGGCAGUGGAGGCGGCUCCGGGGGAGAACACCGCCUGCCUCAUCUGCCUGGACCCUGUGGAGGACAGGAAGUCCUACGGCACCCUGGUGUGCCCAGCGUGCAAACACGCCUGGUUCCACAGGGCCUGCAUCCAGAACCAAGCUAUCUACGCUGGCUUCUUCUGUUUCCAGUGUCCACAUUGUCAAAAUGAAUAUCGAUUUCUGAUGGAAAUGCUCACCAUGGGCAUCCGAAUCCCCAGGAGAAUACCAUCAGGUGAGGACGACAGUGCAUAUGAAGAGUUAUAUGAGAGGCACAGCCGCUGCGAUGCCCGUGAGUGCCUUUGCCCAGGAGGCAGGCAGCACGCAGAGGAACAGGGGCCCUGGCAACUGCUCCUGUGCUGCUCCUGUGCUGCCGAGGGCACCCACAGACGCUGCUCAUUCAUGAAACACAGCACAGUCAUAUGGGAGUGUGACAGCUGUGCUGGCCUGGGCACCGGUAAGAGGCAAAGCACCCGGGUGCCCCCAGGCGAGGCCUGGCAGCGGGUGCCCAUUCUGGGCUUGGCAGAGCCCCUCUGCUCCAGGGGGGUUGGGGGCACCGCUCUGGCCUCUCCUGAUGCGGGCCUGGGGGGCCGUGCCCGUGACCUUCCUGCUUCCCCUUACAGCCUCCAGUUGCAGCUUGGAGGUCACAGGUCCCAUCACCGAGAGCCAGUCAUGAUCGGGGCCGUCCCACAGCUCUCCAGCACCAGAGACCAGCAGCGCCAGAACCAGCAGCACAGUGGCAUCGGGGUCGUCCUCUUGCUCUGCAGCAGGGGAGAGCAGCAGCCCCAGCAGCACUGGCUACCAGGCAGCAUCGGGGCUGUCCCACGGCUCCCCAGUGCCUGA